CCAAGCUCUCCUUCGUGUCCCGGACCAAGGAGAGAUGUCCGCAACGCAGGCGCUCCGCGCCGUAAAGGCCUUCCGCGUCCGGGAGCUGACAAGACUACCUCCUCUUCCCGGCGCACCGCCAAAAAACCCGAGCCUGUUCAACCCGUUUCUGCCGUCGCGCAACCCAGUCACCGGCCGCUGGGAAAAGCCGCUCUACUCCAGGCGCAGGCAGAAGGAGCUCGUCAAGGCGGCCAAGCUCAGCGACACGCUCGACCUGCUUCCGCCCGGCCCGAAGUGGGACCCGAAUCCUGUCUACGAGUCGCCGAAGGAACGCAAGGCGAAGGCGAAAGCUGCAGGCGCGAAGCCGGACGCGAAGCCGCAGGCCGCGGCGACGACCUCAGGUACCGUCGACGCGGUCAAGGCGGUGACUCAGCAGGUCCUCGAGCCCGAUAGCGAAGAGGUGGUAGCUGAACCCGCACCGUCACGACCGCUGGCGUGGGCUCUCCGUUUGCGCCCGGGACGCGUUAGGAGGAUAUGGAAGGCGGAGGUGACGUGGGAGGGCAAGGUGCCCGCGCGGAAGUACGAGGGCCCCAUUGUCAAGAUGUACGCGGGACGCAAGAAGAUGUUCAAGGGCCACAAGUGGCAGCGAGAGAUGCCGCGGAAGAUCGUGCGGAGGAGGAUCCUCUUGCGCGAUAUGCCGGAACGUAUCGCCAAGUACAGGGCGUACUACCGCCGCCGCCGUCCGAACCCGCUCAAGCCUGCCAAGGGCGCGGCCUCGAAGCUACCUUUUUAGAGUCGUCUACUCCACAUUCACGAAGCCUGUAUCUAUCGUUGACUUCCCUAAUGCUAUCGCACCGCAAU